UAGUGUUACAUAUUCGGUGUGACACCGGUUGUUAGCAACGUGAUGGCCAACGUCUUCUUUUUAAUUUUGCCCGUCACCUACGUGUCCCAGCUUCAAACAAUCGCCACAACCGGAACACUAUUGACUCCUCUCCUCAUGUGAAACUCUCCCAGAAGACAAUAUAAAAUAUAUUGCAGAAACAAACCGUCGUCGCUGCUAAACGUAUUCGUGAAGAAUUCCAUAUUUUCUUCACGGCCAGCAAUGUCUUCUUUCCUUGUUGACUCCCUGGUGAUGCUUUUCUCUCAAGUGCUGUUUUUUGCUGGAGGUUGGGUAUUCUUCUUAAAACAGUUAUUCAAAGAUUAUGAAGUUCAUCGGUCAGCCAUCCUUUUGGUCUUCUCCAUUACAUUUUCUUUAUGCUGUACAAUGUUUGAAUUAAUUAUUUUCGAAAUACUUGGAGUUUUAGAUGCAAGUUCCAGAUAUUUCCAUUGGAAGCUGGGCCUUUAUGCAAUUUUAUUUGUCCUCAUUGCUGUCCUCCCCAUGCACAUAGCUUACUAUGUUGUCAGUACGAUACGAUUAGUUCCUCAGAAGAAACAUGUACAGAUGAUCUUAACAGGAGUGACGUGGUGGAUAUUUCUCUAUUUCUUCUGGAAAAUUGGAGAUCCAUUUCCUAUUCUUAGCCCUAAACAUGGAAUCUUCUCCAUAGAGCAGUGUAUCGGACGGGUUGGUGUCAUUGGUGUGACCAUAAUGGCCCUUUUGUCAGGGUUUGGUGCUGUCAACUGCCCCUACACGUACAUGUCUUACUUUGUCAGGCACAUAACAGAUUCGGACAUACAGAGUAUUGAGAAAAGACUCAUCCAAACCAUGGACAUGAUUGUGAUGAAGAAAAAACGGAUUGCGUUGGCCCACAGAGAUAACCUCCGACAAGCUGCUUUGAACAAGAAUCAAAGAGGUUUGUUUGGAAUGUUCCGUGCCACUACAUCUAAAGCUACCACUGAAAAUGUAUCACAGUUGAGAAAUGAGACUUACGCCCUCGAAGAACUUAGUCGACAGCUGUUUCUGGAAUCAGUUGAUUUACACAACACUCAGGAAAGAAUCGAAGAAUCCAAAACUCUGAAAGGAAAAUACUUCAAUUUUCUUGGUUAUUUUUUCUCAAUUUAUUGUGUUUGGAAAAUUAUUUAGUCGGCCAUCAACAUCAUUUUUGAUCGAGUGGGUAAAGUUGACCCAGUCACUCGAGGAACAGAGAUUGCAGUCAACUAUCUUGGAAUACAAUUUGAUGUAAAAUUCUGGUCUCAGCAAAUAUCCUUUUGGCUCAUUGGAAUAAUUAUCAUCACAUCCAUCAGAGGACUCCUAAUCACACUCACCAGGUUUUUCUAUGCGAUUGCCAGCAGUAAAUCUUCCAAUAUAAUAGUCCUGUGUUUGGCUCAAAUAAUGGGAAUGUAUUUUGUGUCUUCUGUGCUUCUAAUGAGAAUGAAUAUGCCAGUAGAAUAUCGAUCAAUUAUAACGCAAGUUCUUGGAGAAUUACAGUUCAGUUUUUACCAUCGCUGGUUCGAAUUUAUCUUUCUAGUGAGUGCCCUCUCCAGUAUUGGUUUUCUCUACAUUGCUCACCAACAGGCACCAGAAAAGAACCUUUUAUGAUUUUCGUUCAUAAACUAUUUAAAAACA